AUGCAAAGCAGUGAGCGUCGGAUACUUUUGCAUGCCUUAUUGUCUAAACUGAAAGGAACUGAACGCCGUACGGGAUCUUCAAAAGUGAUAGAUCUAAAUGCCGCAUCCAAGUCGGUCCGCCUAAAACAUCUCGUCAGUAGACUUCGAACACAGUCAUCACUGAAGCGCAUUCCAGGUCUUUUACAAUUCUUCUACCAGCUGCUACGUUUAAAGACAUCUAGUGAUAUGUUUUCCUCGUCACACCAUCGGAUGCAAGAUGCUGGUUUGGUCAAUGAUUCGCACUCCAGUGGAUAUCACUCAGUCACAGCAACCAAUCAGCUGUCACAGGUGAGGCGCUCAUCCUCCAGCACACAGUUUAGCAAUGGUAUUGCGACGCAUUCCGGGCAAGCUACGUUCCCCUCACUGGCUAGUCUAUGGGGUCAGCCCGCAGUGGAAGCAAGUAGGCGCCGGGCCUCAUCUGGAGCGACGACUAGUCGGCUCAUCUCUCGCUCGAGUUCCCGAACCGCUGUGACACAGAAGAAUGCUCCUGUUGCAACUGUUCAACCGACCGUGCCUGAGGCUGACAUUCUGCGGGAGCUAAUAUUUGUGCUGAAUGGCGUCAGUGGCACCCUAAUCAAGUCAGAUCCGACCACAGAUGCAUUUUGGAUCUCCAACAAUGUGUACAUUCAUCCCGGUGAUUGUGACUCGAUUAUGCGUAUUUCCGAUUGUGGAUGGCUGCAUGAUCGCGUGCGACAAUUCAUCACUCGUAUUCAACACGAUCGGCUGGCUGGGCCAAUGUCUCAAAGUUUGGCAUCCGGACUACACGAAAACUUGGUUGAAUAUCAUCGCCUUGUAUCAACAUUGGAAAGUCAGUUGGGUCGAGAAGCACGAGGAGCAUCUGCAUGUCCCAGUAGUUCAAGGACACUUGACGAUCGUUCCGACAUUGGCGGCUUUCGCACCGAGGGUGUCGGUGACCUAACCAGUGAUGCCAUGUCUACAGAUCAAAAUCUCACAAUUACCCGACUAGCCCUGUGGACACAGGAGCCUAGGUUUCGUCUCCGUUUUCUGGCAAGCUUGUGCGAUGUUUGCCAGGGAAAGCGAGGUGGUGCCUUGGCAUCAGAAGUCUAUGCUUACACUCGACACGGAGACCCUGAGGUUUCUAAAAUGCUCCGCAACAUUCUGAAAAACCUGGCGUCGACGUUACUACACCUCAUCAGUCUGUGGAUCUACGACGGUCAAUUAGAUGAUCCUUACCAGGAAUUUUUUGUGGCCUGCAAUCCGUCAGUGAAGAAAGAACGUCUAUGGCACGAUAAAUACAGCAUCCGACGCCAAAUGGUUCCCAGCUUUAUCACGCACGCACAAGCCAAUAAAAUACUGCUGGCUGGAAAGUCAAUCAGCUUCCUUCAACAAGCCUGUGGAGAGAAGGGAAGCAUUAAGAACCGCGAAGCUAUUCGUGCGUCUCGUCUCAAGCGAGUUGAAGCUGUGUAUGAGCAGGACUUUGAUUCUUCGUUCGACAAAAUGGUUGUGACUGUCUACCGUCAAACGAGUCGCUAUCUUCUGGACACACUAAUCGAACGGUACCAUUUCGUGGCUCACUUACGCGCUACGCGACAGUUCCUUCUUCUCGGUCAAGGUGAUUUCAUCACACACUUAAUGGAUCUACUAGAUGCUGCCUUGAACAAACCAGCAACGCAGUUGCUUACCCACCGGCUCACAAGUAUUUUGGAAACGGCAAUACGUGCAACGAAUGCGCAGUAUGAACAACCAGAAGUUUUGCAACGUUUAGGUGUGCGACUUUUGGAUGCAUCACCUGCUGAUACCGGCUGGGACGUUUUUUCCCUAGACUAUCACGUAGACGGUCCGCUGGGUACCAUCUUCACAGACGACUGCCGACUCAUGUAUCUGCGGUCGUUCAAUUUCCUAUGGAGGGCGAAGCGGAUGGAAUUCACCUUGAGCAAUAUGUGGAAACAACAGCUAAUUGCGUCACGAAUGGAACAUGAUCUCAAUAUGGACUUGGGACCAGUUUUACACCUGUCGGAACUUUUGGGAGCCGAGCUGCGUCACUGUGUUCAGCAGUUGCAGUACUAUGUAAAUUUUGAGGUGCUCGAAUGCGCGUGGGAGAGGCUCCACAAACGAAUCCAGGCAGCAACCGAUUUGGAUGAAGUAAUCGAAGCACACCAUGCCUUUCUUUCCAGCGUCAUCAUGCGUUGUCUCCUGGACGCAGCAUCUCGUCAGGUGAUUGGACAGCUACGCACAAUUUUCGAUCUGAUUCUCAGUUUCGCGCAGCUACAUCAGGAGCUCAACAACUUGGCGAGUGCUGAAUUGGCCGCACGGGAACGGUAUACCAAUGAAAUGGUUGAAGCGACCAGACGGGGGAAGUGGGGCACUGAUGGGGCUCGUGAAGCACAAGAAAAAGCCAGACGCGCACAGUUUGUUCAACGCAACGUCGGACCUUUUCAAGCUCGAAUCAGAAUACUGGCUGCCAGUUAUCGAGAUAUGUUGAUCAAAUUCAUUCAGAUGUUGCACGAGCACCCAGAUCAGAAUCUCCGCUUUCUAGCUGAACAGCUGAAUUUCAAUGGGCAUUAUUAUCAACAACGUUCGGCUGGUAUUCCUGCUAGUUUGGCUUCUGCGAUAGACGACGAAACUUUGUUGACCGAUGCUUCGGAGUCUGUUCCGAAGUCCGGAACUGCGUCGGCGUAUUCAGUCAGCGUCGAUCGUCGUAAACAGAGUGAAUUUGCUGGAGGAGCUGGGGACCUCGGCUCUUGUUCGAACCCUUGACAGUUUGAAUCUUCGUUGUUGUACAUUCCAGAUCACUUUUCUAACAGGCAUAUCACGCACGCCGGUGAAUGUCGUGUACUUUUCACCGCCCUUUAUUCUCAACCCAAACGAACAUUGUCGAUGACAAAUCAUCAUCUCCGUGCCUUGUAGCACUAUUUUUAUGGGUUGUUAGCUACUCAACUAGUUGUCGCUAAUUUUCGCGGUAGCCUAUCCCAAUGCACCUGCUUUUGCAUCCCCAUAACUUUUGCUACCACCACCUAGACGUAUUUUUUGAUCUCUGAGUAUAUGUUUGUUUUAUUC